AUGACUGAUGUCGACCUAUUCCCACGCGUCGAACGCACAUUAUUAGAUUCAUGUUCAAACGCGAAUUUAAUGACUCAAAAAUUUCUUAAUAGCUUACAGUUGCCAACUAAACAGUGUUUUGUUAAUAUCGGAGCAGUUGACGAUACGAGCACUGUUUCGGAAAAAUAUGUCAAAGCUACUUUCUUUUCAACUUACAAUAAUACUGAACAUCAAUUAAAUUUCUUGAUCGUACCAAAAAUCGUCAACAAAGUGCCGAAUGAAACUUUUCCUCGAGAGAAAUUUAACAUUCCCAAGAAUAUAAAACUAGCCGAUCCGCAAUUUCAUGUUCCUAGGCCUAUUGACGUUCUUUUAGCGUCUGGUCCCACAAUGUCUUCUUUGGCAAUCGGUCAGAUCAAAUUAGCUAGUGGAAAUUCCAAAAUCACUCUCCAGAAAACUUCGUUCGGUUGGAUAGUUGCUGGUGGUUCAAUGAACAGCAGCCCUCUUAACUCUGCUUCAUGCAACGUCGUAAAACUGGAUCAGCUGUUAGAAAGGUUCUUAACUAUUGAAGAUCUUGACUAUCAGCCGGUCAAGUCUCGCGACGACGUAAUGUGCGAAGAACAUUACGUUAAAAAUACAACUCGCGAUAGUUCAGGCCGUUACACCGUUCGUUUACCCUUCCGCCCUGGCAAUUUCGAAUUAGGUUCGACUAAAAGGCAAGCUCUACACCAAUUCUAUUCUCUAGAAAGAAAAUUUGAGGCGAAUCCCCAUUUCCGAGCCGAGUAUGAAAAGGAAAUGAACGGGUAUAUAGAGUUAGGCCACAUGACCUUGUGCGAGGACGACAACGAUGAUGGGUAUUACAUACCUCAUCACGCAGUUAUAAAGGAAACAAGCGAUACCUAUAAGCAUAGAGUAGUAUACAACGCAUCCGCAAAUUCCACAACCGGUACUUCCCUAAAUCAACUUUUGCUGACCGGCCCCACAAUUCAAAAGCCCUUACAUCAUCAACUGUUGAGUUUCCGUACUCACCCUUACGUCGUUACUGCAGACAUAGAAAAAAUGUAUCGUCAAAUUUGGAUUCACCCUGACGAUAGAAAAUUUCAGAAAAUUUUCUGGUAUCACGAGGGAAAAAUUAGGACCUUUACACUGAAUAAUGUCACCUUCGGAGUAAAGUGCGCACCUUUCUUAGCGAUUCGCACCCUUCAUCAGCUUGCUAAGGAUGAAGAGGCUAAUUUUCCCCGAGCUUCCCGUCUGCUUCGUAGCGACUUCUACGUCGAUGAUUUUCUCUCAGGCGCUGAUACCUUGGACGAUAUCAUGGCAAUUCGUGAUGAAAUGAUAAACCUUCUAAGGCGUGGAGGGUUUGUCAUUCGAAAAUGGGCGUCUAAUCAUCCGUCCGCGUUAGAUAACAUUGAUAGGAAAAUUUUCGAUUUAGAUUGCGGAAUCCAGGGAGAAUCUGCAAAGAAAACCUUUGGAGUUGUGUGGGAUUCUAAACGAGAUAUCUUCACGUAUGUGGUGAAUCCACAAAAUUCUCAAUCCACUUCCACCAACAGAAAAUUGUUAUCUCAGAUAGCGAAGAUUUUCGAUCCCUUAGGCUUGGUCGGCCCUUUAAUUCUUCAUACCAAAACUCUGAUUCAAGAGUGUUGGCGAGCAAAAAUUACUUGGGACGAGUCGUUGCCUCAAGACAUCCACACAAAAUGGAUCGUGGUAGCUGAUCAACUUCCAAGAUUGAAGGAGAUCGUAUUUCCUCGAUAUGUGGGAUGCCCAGAUCCCAUUUCUUUCGAAAUACAUGGUUUCUGCGAUGCGUCUAUGUAUGGAUAUGGCGCAUGUCUGUUCAUUCGUUCAAGCGAUUCGUUAGGGAACGUUACUAUAAGGCUAGCUUGUAGUAAAUCCAAGGUCGCUUCUCUGAGUCAUCACACAAUACCUCGACUAGAGUUAGCUGGUGCUUCUCUUUUAAAGAGAUUGUACGUCGAAUCUAAGGAUCAGCUGAGUUUUCCUGUCAAGCGGAGAGUUUUACCGCACAGUACGUCACGCGGUUUCCGACAUUCGUACAGAAAAUUGAACUAG